AAUAAAGAUUCGUUGGAUGGAUAUUCUCUUCGGUUCUUUUUAUUAGUUUAAACAUUAGCACUGAAGCGUCACGAUUUUAAUUGCUCUUCUUCUUGAACACGUAGAAUUUCUUUUGAACCAAUAUAAAUAUUGUAUAAAUAAAUAAAUAUCGUAACAUUGUAUAAAGAUUUUUUAGAUAGAUAUUCUCUUCAGUGCUUUUUAUUAGUUCGAACAUUAGGAUCCAAACGUGACGAUUUUAAUUGUUCUCUUUUUGAACACGUAGAAUUUCUUUUGAACCAAUAUAAAUAUUGUAUAGAUAAAUAAAUAUCGUAACAUUGUACAAAGAUUCGUUAGAUGGAUUUUCUCUUUGAUUCUUUUUAUUAGUUCGAACAUUAAGACUGAAGCGUAACGAUUUUAAUUGCUCUUCUUCUUGAACACGUAGAAUUUCCUUUGAAUCAAAAUAAAUAUUGCGUAAAUAAAUAAAUAUCGUAAUAUUGUAUAAAGAUUUUUUAGAUAGAUAUUCUCUUCAGUGCUUUUUAUUAGUUCGAACAUUAGGAUCCAAACGUGACGAUUUUAAUUGCUCUUCUUCUUGAACACGUAGAAUUUCUUUUGAAUCAAUAUAAAUAUUGUAAAAAUAAAUAAAUAUCGUAACAUUGUAUAAAGAUUUUUUAGAUAGAUAUUCUCUUCAGUGCUUUUUAUUAGUUCGAGCAUUAGGAUCCAAACGUGACGAUUUUAAUUGUUCUCUUUUUGAACACGUAGAAUUUCUUUUGAAUCAAUAUAAAUAUUGUAUAGAUAAAUAAAUAUCGUAACAUUGUACAAAGAUUCGUUAGAUGGAUUUUCUCUUUGAUUCUUUUUAUUAGUUCGAACAUUAAGACUGAAGCGUAACGAUUUUAAUUGCUCUUCUUCUUGAACACGUAGAAUUUCCUUUGAAUCAAAAUAAAUAUUGCGUAAAUAAAUAAAUAUCGUAAUAUUGUAUAAAGAUUUUUUAGAUAGAUAUUCUCUUCAGUGCUUUUUAUUAGUUCGAACAUUAGGAUCCAAACGUGACGAUUUUAAUUGCUCUCCUUCUUGAACACGUAGAAUUUCUUUUGAAUCGAUAUAAAUAUUGUAUAAAUAAAUAAAUAUCGUAACAUUGUAUAAAGAUUUUUUAGAUAGAUAUUCUCUUCAGUGCUUUUUAUUAGUUCGAACAUUAGGAUCCAAACGUGACGAUUUUAAUUGCUCUUCUUCUUGAACACGUAGAAUUUCUUUUGAAUCAAUAUAAAUAUUGUAUAAAUUGCUCUUCUCCUUGAACUCGUAGAAUUUCUUUUGAAUCAAUAUAAAUAUUGUAUAAAUAAAUAAAUAUCGUAAUAUCGUAUAAAGAUUCGUUGGAUGGAUAUUCUCUUCGGUUCUUUUUAUUAGUUUAAACAUUAGGACUAAAGCGUCACGAUUUUAAUUGCUCUUCUUCUUGAACACGUAGAAUUUCUUUUGAACCAAUAUAAAUAUUGUAUAAAUAAAUAAAUAUCGUAACAUUGUAUAAAGAUUUUUUAGAUAGAUAUUCUCUUCAGUGCUUUUUAUUAGUUCGAACAUUAGGAUCCAAGCGUCACGAUUUUAAUUGCUCUUCUUCUUGAACACGUAGAAUUUCUUUUGAAUCAAAAUAAAUGUUGUACGUAUUACAUAUUGGGAAAUUACGCUGAAACGCAGUUGGAAUAAUAGAGGCACAGCGUUAAUUUGUAUGUAUAAGCGGAGUGCGGGUAAAUGAGGUUCUAUUGUAUUCGCACUACACAGUUGAAUCUCGUUUAUCGAUGAACGACUGAUGAACAAGACAGCUCGGACAACCGAGCAGUUCCGAUAAUCGAGGUUUAUUGGCUAUCAACUCUAGCGCUUCUUAUUAGUUCGGCUAAUAAGAUUUAACUGCUAAGAUUUCAACCGCUCCUUCGUUGAAAUUUAUUUUGGACGCGAAUAAACGAUUCUAUGUAUAUGUUGAUACGUAUGUAUAUUCGUUAUAUAACUAGACUGCGGAUAUUUAUGCAAACUUAUAUUUUUAUGAACGCAAUUAAAAAAGCAGAAUUUCAUCGGUAGGCACACAAUAAGAUAUGCAAGAAGACAAAAUCUUUUUGCGAUUUCACGAUCUCGAAUUAAUUAAUGCUCAUCUGGCAAACGUAUUAAUCUUUUUCCUUGGUUCUACCAAUGCAUUCGGGAUGUUCGUUUGCGAACGUUUGCAAGACUUACGUAAAACUAACAAGUACGUACCAUAUUCUUCUAUAAAAUGAUACAAAUCUUGCUUUAUAUUCGUUCGGUUUGGAAUCGAUGCCAUUUUCUGCUCGCAGCGGGAGAACACAAGUUCCGCGAUCUUCCUAUAUCCACGAAAUCCCGCAGUGUCACGAUUCUCAGUGAACGUUAUUUUUUUCUUGUAAGAAUGAAAAAACAUAAAUCGUCCGUCAUGUUCACGCGAUGUCGCGUGUUCUAUGUGAAAUUUCGCGCAGUCGGAAAACUUCGACUUUAACUUUCCUCUCUCGUCGAUAAUGAUAGGUGUCCGAGGAGAGAUACUUCUGCACGCGUUGAAACAUUGAUCAUCGAGCUUGCGGACACAACGCGCGGAUUCUCACGCGUUGCAUUAACUUUAAUAAAAGCAAAGACGGGAAAAAAGAGGGUGGGGAAGAAAGACGGAAAAACGAAUCGCCAAAUAUAGACAGACCGAGCCGACACGACGAAAACUCGCGAGACUCGCGGUAAAGCGAACUAUUCUUCGGGGAGUUUACAUCUCUACCAAUAAGAAAUUCGAGCUGAACUUUGGUUAAGUCGAACGUUCAUAUUUAAAAGCCGGGACAAACGAAGCUAUAUAGACAUGAGCGACGACAAGACGAAACGUGAAUUCGAAAAAACGAUCGAUCUAAAUUUGGCUCUCCUGAGAUUGGCCGGUGUAGUUUCGAGCGAAAGAGCGAGCAGAGAUACGUUGGCGAGCUUGGCGUUCGUUUGCAUGACGAUUAACACCGUUUCAUACGUGUACGAAUUUGCAACGAGUUCGUACACUCUGGCCACCGUUUUGGAAUCAUUCGCGAUGAUCAUCUCACUCGUAGCAGGACAAACGCGACUCGUGAUUCUUUUGUGGUUGCGCGAUUCUUGUCAAACGAUGUUGAACAUUUGCGAGUCUUUUUGGUCGACUUUAAAUUUACGCGAAAAGAAGAUCGUUCAAAGUUACACGAACAAAGCGAAACUAUUGAGUCGCUGCUACUUGUUUAGCUGCGUUUCAACUAUAUUCUUCUACGUGCUGUUGAUACAAUUUGGCUCUUUGAUAUUUAGCGAACCGAAGCAUUUUGCGAAUGUUACGCUUUAUGGAAACAAUAGCAGCUUUGUUCCGUCGGAAGCUGCGAAAUCUCUGCAAGCGACGGACGAUAAGCGACGACGUUUACCGUACGCGUUUUUUAUCGACGUACAAGAAACACCGUGGUACGAGAUCGCUUACGUUGUUCAACUUGGGUCCAUGAUCAGCGUCGGUUUGACCUGUGUCGGCGUGGACACGACUGGUCCUUUGCUUAUUCUGAUCGCGUGUGGGUAUUUCGACACGGUACAAUCUAGAAUUGAAAAUUCCUAUUCGUUUGAAUCACCGUCAUCGCUACCGGUUUUGGCGUCGUUAUCAAUUGCAACAAAGACGAAGAUUGCAACGGAAACCACGUCGGUUACCAGAACAGAAUCGUCGUCAAGGAACGUAGGCAUGAAAAAUUUGCGAACAUGCCUGAACCAUCAUCAACUGUUACUAAAAUUGUGCGAGGAUAUCGAAAACUUGACAAAUAUAAUGUUUCUGAUACAACUGAUCACCAGCACGUACAAUAUCUCAUUGAUUGGCUUCAAAAUAGUCGAGGACAAUCCCGGCAAGGUCAAGUUCGUCACGCAACUUGGGAUCUUUAUUAUUCAGCUCUUUCUCUGCAAUUGGCCACCGGAUCUUCUUCGAUCGAAGAGCGAAGCUAUUGGUCACGCCGGGUAUUCGAUGCCUUGGUAUCGGUAUCCCCGCAAUUUACGAAAUCCGGUGAACAUGCUUCUGAUCAGAGGUCAAAAACCGGUUCGCCUGACUGCUGGGAAGUUCAUCGAGCUGUCGCUGGAAACAUUUGCCUCUAUGAUAUCCACCGCUGCUUCGUUUUUCACCAUGGUACGAAGCAUGAACUGACUCUCGUUUCGCGAAACACUGACCAUAAAAGCACGCCAUCCGGGAUACGAAGAAAACGUUACCUUCUUCACGCUCGUCCAAUAAUCGUUGUAUUAGAUGUCAUUGGAGUAUUUCCAGCGAAUACGAGUAGACGGCUGAUCGAAUAAACACGGUUGACUGAGAAUACAAAUCGAUCGCAGAAUUUCUUUUCCGAUUGUUCAUCGAUCGAAAGAGCGGAGCGAGACGUAGGCGAAAAGAGGAAAGGGAGAGCACGAAACUGACGUUCGUUUCGCGAAACACCGACGAUAGAAUCCCAUUAAUCCCCCUCUUACCUUCUUUCGGUCAUCCUCGACCCAACCGUAUUUCUCUAACGCUGAGCGAUAUCCGAGAGUUGCAUAAAAUUUGCAAACAUCGUUGUCGGUACGUAUCGUCUUUUGCUUCAAUUUCGUGUUAAAUAUUUUCUUACGAUGUCAACAUAUGUUUUCGUUUGCUAAGAUAAGUGCAAAAUGUACAAAUUCGAAGAUCGCGACAGAGUCAAGAACGAGGAGGAACGUUGUUUUCUUCUCCUGUCCGUUCGUUCAAUGAUCAUUAGACUGCGGGCUUUUAUGCAUUUGCAAAAGAUGCGAAUAAAAGCGCAAAAUUGCACGGAACGCACAUAACACGGAGAAAUACACAAAAUAUUCAAAGUUUUCUAUGCUACUUGACAAGUGAAGCAAUUUUCUACCCAGCUUCUCCGCUCCUUCAAUGAUAUUUCAGAAAUACGGAUGCACAAUCGUAAUACUUUUUGUCAUCGAACUACAGCAUCAUUGAACUAAUUGUCUGUACGAGCGUGUAGACGAUCGAGCAGUUCUGGCUGAAAGUAGAAACCGAUUUCGAAAUUUCAUUUCUAAUUGUACACCGGUCGAAAGAAAAGAACCAGUCGAUGCUGCGGAUGAAAGGAGGAAAGGACGACGAUAAUCGACGCAAAGUCAACUCGUGCGAAGAAUAAGAGGAAAGUGCAGAGUAGACGGGAGAAAGGGUUUCGAUGUAAUCGAUCGUUCGAGUUAAAACGUUUCGCGCGUUCCAUUCUCGUUUUGAUUCGUGGCAAGACGAAUCUCUAUAGGCGAGCAGAGAGAUGUUUCGUUCCGUUGCUCAGGAUGUACUUCCUUGUAAUGUAACGUGGUACAGUAGUGUCCGGAUAUCUGGCCACGAAUUUGCUCGUGUCUUAUUGCUAACUAUUGGCUCGGACAAAGUCUCCUCUUUGACGAUGAUUUAACUGCUAUUGAAUUCCCGGAGCAAGAAAUAUGUUGUAUCUUUUACUUGAAACUGACAGUUUCUUAUAUUUCUUUUUAUUAGUUAUAACUAUUUAUUUUUAUUAUUUAAAUCAAUAUACGCAGGGUUUGUCACAGUAGAAAUUGCUACACGAAAUGAUUCUUUAUCUAGUGAUUUUGUAAAAAAAUAUUUCAAAUGAAACUUUAGUAUACCCGAGGAGCCUGAUGCGACGAGUAGAUUUUCAUUUUUCAAUAUCUUAUAUCUUCUGAAAUAUCCACGUGACCUUGAGUCCUUUAAACAGUACCGUAUAUUUUUUACAACGUUAGUCGAUCCAGCUGAACGUUCUAACAGAGGUAUCUUAACUUUAAUUUGUCAAAUUUAAUGCAUGAAAAACACUUCUCUCGAGUUUACGUCGUUCUUGUCGUUUGAGAGACUCAAGGUUGCCUUAGUAUCCAAAAGAAUAUGAAGCAUUAACAAAAUUUCAUUUCAAACAUUUCCCGAUGGUACGUCAAUAGAUUUCCGAGUUUUUACUGAUACAUAAUAAUAACAACAUAUAUAAUAUCCUUCAAUUAAUAUUAUCAACCCUUAAAUCAGAUAAGGAUAUUGGGCUAUAGCGAUUUACGCUAUAAAUUAUGUUUAUUAUUAUGUUCAUUAUAAUGUAAUUACACAGGUAAUUUAAUUUAGGUACAUACUGGUAAUAAAAUUAAAGUAAAUGAAAAAUUCCAAAUUAAGUAAUUUAAACCUAAAUCGUUAUGCUUCCCAACGAGUUUACGCUAACCAAACCGGCUGAGCGAAUAUCCUUGUUCGUUCGGUGUAAACGCACCUUUAGCGGUCAGGUACGCGCGAAAGAACGCGCUGCUUCUUAUAUUGGCCAGAAGAAAGAAAACCACGUUCCUGUUCGUCGACGAUACUUGAAGCUGCGUUAGAGAAACCCUAUUGGCCUCCCUAUCGAUGAUCACGUCUAUCUUAUCGUUCGCUAUUUUGCUUCUUUUCUUUUUUUUUUCUUUUUGUUACUCUUUUCUUCGAUCUGGACUACUACGUUUUUGGCUACGGGCGAAUCGUUACUCGCGACGUCUUCGAAAGGUCGUUAAGCCGAGUUCUGCUUCGCUUUCGACGCAAGGAUGGACAGAGACAAAGGCGAGGAUACAACGAGAAAAUUGCUUGACAAUUUCCACGAUGCGUCGCCUCUGAAACGAAUAAAUCGGCAGUCGGAACAUUUCGUAAUUAUAAAAAUAUUCUUAACGCUGUGAACAGUCCUCGGUUCGCCAGCUUUGUCGGUACAUGCGUCUAAAUUUUACGUUCACUUUUUCUUCCAUUUUACACUUUUAUAUUGUAUGUUUCGUCUAUGUCUCCCAUUUCUCUGCAUUGUAUACACCAAAGGAAUUUUAUCCACGCGAAUAAAUAAAUAAAUAAAUAA